UUACUUUACAAAAUAUCUAGAAAAAGCAAAUCUUAAUUAUCGAGUAGAAAAGAAAUUUACCGAUGAAGGGAAGGCUCUUUUUCAAUUAUCACCACGAACAAACUUACAACGAAUUGUGAAUACAUUUGGAAGAAAACUGGACUUUUGGACACCAUUACGUAUGCAGAACAAACCAAUUAUAUUUUUAGUAAACGAUAGGGAUAAAGUAUCAUUUAGUGAAUUUCUAAAGGACCAUAAAAUCGAAUUUGAAAUAGACAGGUGUAUUAAUAGCCAACAAAAAUCAAAAUCACAAUUUAAUAGCAAAAUUUUUCUAUUUUAUAAUCAAGUCGCACCACUUCUUUUCGUCUCAAACCGCCGAUAGAUAUGCUACAACUUCUUAAAGAGCCAAAAAUGUUACAAUUUUCUUUAUUAAUAAGAGAAGAUGAUGGACCAGCAAAAGUAGAAAUUACUGACUCCUCGAUUGCAAGUAAAAUGUCAAAUGAACUUAAAUUACUUUCUAUACCCCAUUUAAUGCAGGUAUUAGAGCAUCCGGGGGUUACAAAAUUUGAAAUAGAACCCACGCCAUAUUUGCGAGAUCUAUCAAAUUUAUUCGGGAGUUCCAUCGAUUUUUGGACUUUUCUGAAUAAAGAUGAAAGAUUUACAAAAUUUUUUGUCGAUUCAAAAACUCAAGGGCGGUUUAUAAGGUAUUUAAGAAGCAACAACAUCGAAUACACCACCGUAGUAAGUGGUGACGAGGGAAUUUUAGAAUUUAGAUUCGAACCUGGACUAAAUUAUAGCAGGAUAUUAGCAACAUUUGGAGGGAAUUUGGAUUACUGGACUCCUUUGGUAAAAGAUGGAGAACCAAUUACAAUAUUGGUCAAAGCAGAAGCUGUGGCAAAUAUGACAGAAUUUUUAAAGAAGAAAAAAGUGUUUUUCAAUAGGAUAAAUACAUACGAAGCCCCAAAACAAACAACAUUGUUUUUCUUGCACUUGAAGUAUGUACCUCAGCCUAUGUUAGGUGAAAUUUUUAAAUUUAUGGCAAAUCAUACCUCAAUAAAGUAUAUCGAAAAAGAACCAGUUGAAUUUAUAUUUCGCCAUGAACUUGGAGUAGACGUAGUGAAACCCUUAAAAUUAAAAAGAGUCUGGUUUUCUAUCGAAGAAUGGCCCACAGAAUUUAAAGUGAUGCCAAAAAUCGAUAGCGCUAUGCGAAUAAGGGACAUGGGGAGAAUUUUUGGCAACAAAGUUACCAUUUGGGGCCCAAAAUUUACUCAAGCUGAUUGUUUGAAAGUUAUGGUAUCAGCUGAUGUAGGAAAGGAAUUUAUUCAGUACUUAAAAAACCAUAAGAUUUACUACAAAGAAAUUAUUCCAGACGUUGAAGAACUUUUAGAAUCGCGUUCAAAACCAUCAGACAUGUACACAUUUAACAACAAAGGUGGAUCACUAGACUUUAAUCGAUACGAAAAAUACGACACCCUUGUUGAAUAUUUGUACGAUUUGGCGGUAAAAUAUCCUAAUAUUAUAAGCAUUGAUAAUUUGGGUCAGUCAACGGAAGGCAAAGAAAUUGUUGUGGCAAAAUUAUCAAUUUCAAAAGAAGAUAUAAACAAACCCAUUAUUUUAAUAGAUGCUGGGAUUCAUGCCAGAGAAUGGAUAGCACCUGCAGCCGCUUUAUUUAUUAUCAAACAACUUACAGAAGUCUCAAUAAAUAUGCGUCUCAUGAAAUACAUUGACUGGUACAUCAUACCCGUUCUGAAUCCUGAUGGAUAUGAAUAUUCUCGUGAGAACGAUAGAUUGUGGAGGAAAAAUCGAAAACGCUAUUUAAACUCCACAUGCGUUGGAGUGGAUUUGAACAGAAACUUUGACUUCCAAUGGUCCAACGCGUUAAACGAUCCAUGUUCUGAAUCAUAUCCUGGCCCAAAACCGUUUUCAGAAGCAGAAACCAUCAAUUUUCGAGAAUACGUUCGUUCGCUAGGUACCAGAAUAAAACUUUAUGUAAGCCUCCACAGUUACGGUAAUAUGAUCCUCUAUCCAUGGGGUUACACCGAGAGCUCUCCCCAAAACGUGGACAGUCUUCAACGAUUGGGUGAAGAAGUGUCGAAGAAAAUUCGGGAUCUGAAUCAAGGUUCCAGUUAUAAGGUGGGCAGGAUCAGCGAGAUGCUUUACAAAGCCAGUGGUUGUAGUGUGGAUUGGAUGAAGGAGACGAUGGGAGUUAAUUACACCUAUGCGAUUGAAAUUUUUGACGGAGAAUCUAACGGUGAGUUCGAGCCAGGUCCACAACAUAUUUUGAAAUGCGUGCAAGAAGUUUUUGUUGGUUUGAAAGUGUUAAAUUAUCAUAUUGAAAGACAUUAUGUGAACGAUGCUACUGACCAAGUAACAGCCGAAAGUCAUAUUGAAUACGCCAAUAAAACAGAGACGACACCAACAAUUGUUACUGUAACGGAAAAAGAAUCCACAGAUUCUGGCUUUUGGAGCAGUUGGUUCGACUAA